GCGAGGUUGAGGUGCGACAACAGAGGGCCAUACAAAGCCAAACAAGCUUCUCGAGCAUCAUCUGAGCAUCUUUCGCGAUCGCGACGCUUUUUGCAGGAUGGAACCUUCCUCGCCUAUGCGUCCUGCAACGCAGAGCGUCCUCGACUCCACCGAGCCCGAAAUAUUUUCACCCGAAGAAGAGAAGGCGCUGCUCGAAGAAUCCAACACGGAAAAGGCAAAUGCAAACAAGGGGUUUACUUCCGGUGAAUACAACUCGGCAAUUCAGGGCUACGAGAAAGCCCUAGCUGUGUGCCCGACCUAUCUUGAAUACGACAUUGCCGUCCUCCGCUCCAACAUCGCCGCAUGCCACCUGAAGCUCGAGGAGUGGAAGCAGGCCGUGGAAUCAGCAACGCAAGCUCUCGAGGCGCUGGACGCCAUCGAUCCGCCCGCAAGCACGGCUGAUAAGGAUGGAAAUACGGAUGACACCGGCGAGGGCAAGGUCGGGGAGGUCGACGACGCGACGGAAGUCCGCAUCACGGCGCUCACGCGGACGGGCAAGACAAUAAACGACGUUCACAAGCUGCGCACAAAAGCGCUACUCCGGCGCGCGAAGGCAAGGCAGCAAGUGGGAGGCUGGUCGUCACUACAAGGUGCGCUGGAGGACUACCAAGCGCUGUCGAAGCCGCCGCAUCAGCUGUCGAGCUUGGACCGGAAAACCGUGCAGACUGCUCUGAAAGAGCUGCCGCCGAGGUUGGAUGAUGCGAAGAAUACGGAGCUGGCGGAUAUGAUGGGCAAGCUGAAGCAGCUGGGGAACGGGAUAUUGAAGCCUUUUGGGCUGAGCACAGACAACUUUCAGUUCACAAAGGAUGAGUCGAGUGGGGGCUAUAGCAUGAACUUCAACCAGGGCGGGAAGUAAGCAAGAGGGAAAGAGGGACGUGACCAUGAUAGGAGAUUCGGAGGGAUCGCCUCUCAAACGAUCGAGCGGUAGAGACGGUGACAGUAGACGAUGUGCCGUGUUCGUCCUUGCCAAUGAAGUCUACAUCUGGAAAGCUCCCUUGGAAAUGUUCUGACAGCACAAGGGUCAAAUCAACUUUCUUGGCACCUCCCGCCGUGGCGGAAACGGCAAGGGUGAGAUUGAGCAAACUCAAUGGGUGAGGUCUUGGUCGAUAGA